AUGUCGUCGUACACCCUGCCGCUGUUCCUCUUCGCUCUGGCCCUUCUCGCUUGCGUGCCGACGGUCAACGCCGACGGAGACGAUCUGCUCGACUACGUCAAGUCAAUUGAACCACUCACGAUCAGAAGGAGCCCACUCGCCUGCCCACUGCCAGUCGUCGGAACAGCUUGCCCCGAGGAGAACGUCUUCUGGUACUUCAAGUGCUGCGGAAAUAUUGCUGACCAGUGCUGCUUCCGUCUCCAGGUGUUGCCUUCAUUUUCCAUGAUCAUUUUCUAAUUCCAUCUUUCAGGACUGGGUCACCGUUCUCCUGCUCUUCCUUGCCGUCUGCACGAUCCUCUCGAUCAUCAUUAACUGCGUCAGAUGCUUCUGCUGUGCUUAA